CCUCUACACGCUGCGAUGCCUUCGUUCCAUGGAACGUGCGAAACGGAAACAGCAGUUUUAGCUGGUCUUCUCGCCCUCUGAACGAGAACAGAAGCGAUUAGAAAAUGCCGGCGGUCAAUCUGUUCGGGAAGGGCACAUUGGUCAAGGCAUCGUCUGGGCUCUCCAGAGAGGCAUAUGCCCUUGUCGAUGGCUCACCUGAGACGAGCUGGACAUCCGCUGGCUCUCCUUCUUCCGAAGCGGACCCAUCAUCUGCACGGCACUCGCUCACUUUCACUUUACGGUCCGACGUUGACACUGACGACAACGAAGGGCUUUCGGACGCUGAAGAAGAUGAAACUGCUGCUGUGCAACUACAGAAGCUGGAGAGUCUAGUUCUCACUUUCCAGGGAGGGUAUAGUGCACUAGGGGUCCUGCUGUUGGCCAAGGCUCAGGCCCCCGUAGGGGUGGGUGAGGAAGAGCGUAGCAGCUGGCACCAGCUGGCAGAAUUCUGGCCGGAGGACUCAAAUGCAAGGCAGGAGUUCUUAAUACCGCCAUCGAAGCACAAUAGCUCGGCGCGAAUAUUGAGGUUGUUGUUGAACGGUAGUGCAGACGGCUUUGGAAGAAUCACUCUCUACGGUGUUGAGCUGUAUGGUAGUCGAACAUGAGC